CGGAUUGUGUUGCACAUGUGAAUGCAACGUUUGUAAACAGUUUACCCUAGACGUAAGAAAUGCCGAAAAACAAGGGCGGGGGAGGUGGAGGAAAGGGCGCUAAAGGUGGCGGUGGUGAUGACGAUUCCUCAAAGAAACAGGCCAAGGGCGGCAACUCCGUAAAGGUUCGUCAUAUCCUUUGUGAGAAGCAGUCCAAAUGUCUAGAGGCCCUGGAAAAAAUUAAAGGAGGGAUGAAAUUUAAUGAAGUUGCUGCACAAUAUAGUGAGGAUAAGGCCAGAUCAGGAGGCGACCUAGGUUGGAUGACCCGUGGCAGUAUGGUUGGACCGUUCCAGGAUGCGGCGUUCGCUCUCCCCACAAGUUCACUGGCCAACCCCGUAUACACGGACCCCCCGGUCAAAACAAAGUUUGGUUAUCACAUCAUCAUGGUGGAGGGCAAAAAGUAAAAAAAAAGAUUUUAGUAUCAUUACAGACAGAAUGUGAAUUGCAGGAUCAUAUAAAAUUUUAAAUUAAGAGUGAACUUUUUGAUAAUUGAUUUUAGAAGUUUUUUAUGACACAUAUGGGCCUAAUAACGGAAUUAAACAUUUGAGGUGUUUUACAAAGCUUCAAUGGAAUGUUAUAUUCUGAUUCAGAGGUUAGCUGUGUUCAAAAAUUAUCUUGUGUUCUACCUGUUCUAAGCAUACAGUCAUGUAUUUCUAUUACACAGCAUGUAAUAUUAUUAGGACCUAAACUG